AUGCCAGCAGAUGGUUUAUGUACUGAUUUAACAUGUGAUAAAGAAAUAAAACAUUUAUAUGAAUGUCAUUGUUGUUUAAGUCUUAUUUGUUUCCAGCAUUUAAGUGAACAUGUUGAAGCAGCACAACGAAACAAAGAACGACUUGUUAGUCUUCGAAAUGAAUUAAAAACAGAUGUUGGUACACUUAUAAAUUUAACUGAACAAGCACAAAAACUACUUGAUGUAGAAAAUGGUUCAAUUGAUGAAGUUCAGAUCAUUUUUGAAGAGAUCAAACAAGCGAUUGGACUUAGUCAAUUUGAAGGAAUUAUUAAACUUGAACCAACAUUACCAAAUACAAAAAGUUGUUCUUGUAUUUGUAAAUGUGGAAAUCAAAAUGAUGAAUUAUUAUCGAAGACUACUCCACCACCAUCAAAUAGAUCUCUUGUUCAUCAAAAUUUAACAGUUGUAGAUGAAACAAACGGAUCAAUGAUGACAACAGACGAUGAACAUUCAAUGUGUGAUACUAGUGUCAUUGUUGAUGGUAAUUCACCUGAUCGAACAACAGCUUCUAUCGAGGAUAGUGAUGAUGAAAAUGAACAAAAUAAAGUUAAAUCAAUCGCGAUGCGUAGUGUACAUGGUUCUUGCCCAUUAACAUUUGAUGGUGCAUAUGGUCUUACCGCUGCUAAUCAUUCAAUGCAUUUUUGUUCAAACAAACCAAAUCGUUCAUUAGUAUUAUACUCUCACUUUCUAGGUAAACAUGAAUUACAACCAAUUUAUGCUCGACGUUUAGUUAAUGCUUUUUCAAAUAAUGAAGAUCCAAAAACAACAAAACUCUUUAGUGAAAAUGAACAUGUGAUUAAUCAUUUAUGCAAAAUUCCAUGUCCCUUUAAUAAAAAUAUGAUUCAUUUAUUUCGAGGUUCUACAAAGGACAUCCAUAGAAUACCAUGUUAUCCUUCACGAAUGGCACCUUUUACAUUAGUCCGUCAUUUACAAAAUUAUCACCAUGUUACUGAUAGUGUAGCACGAAAAUUAGUUGAUAAAUCUAAGAGAAUUCGAAUAAAAAAUCUUAAGUAA